AUGGGCGACAUCCAGCAGUGGCGACGAAAGGUUCAGCCGCCCAGAGUCCGUACGCCGGCAGCAGACCUGGACGACGGAAAUGGUAACACGUCGCCGGUAACACCUCGCAAGCCGCUGAGGCCCAAAUUCACCCCGAACCUUGCGCAGCAUCAGACGGCCACAGAUGAGCAGGAGCACGACCAUGGAUUGCUGCGAAGGAUACCCUCCUGGAUCACAGACCAACCCGCCCCGAACCCGAAAGUGGAUGAGCUCAUCGGCAGCAUGAUGCGCAACGUGCUGGAUGAUCCUUAUAGCACGCUCACAGCUCGCUACACCAGCGACCUUAUGCAGAUCUUUGAAGACUACCGCGCGGUGAGGGAUGAGAAACAGGAGCUCCUCGCCAAGCUCGAUGUUGAGCUGCAGAAGCGACGUGCGAUGGAGCUGGCUUGGAGUCGUGAGAGGGACGAGUACAAGGCAGAAGUUAAGCGUCUGGAAGUGCUCCUCUCGAAAGGGCAACGGGGAAUUGCAGAAGUAACUCUGGCACGGCAAGACAGCUUGGUCAGGAGAGGGAAGAUGGCUGAGGUUGAAGACGAGACAGGCUUGGAGACAAUCUUGAAGCACCUGGAGAAGUCGAAGAAAUAUGAAGAGAAGGCUUUUGGCACUCAGCGAGGUGAGAAGUUCCAGAAGCUGUUCCGUGCCAAAGGUGCUUACAAGUUCAAAGCUACGAUGCGGAACCGGUCGCCAUCGUCCAAGAUGCGCCGUCUCUCCAGAACUCUCGCUGCAAAGACUCCUGCCACGACCGAGCCUGCAGACUCACCGUACGGGACGUUACCAGCCGCUCCGGCUUCUAUUUUGCAGCGUGCGAACAGGACUAAGUAUGUACGCCCACCGCAGGAGUCCGAACGAAAGGCAAGCAUCUCCGACACAUCAUCAUCGUUCAGUGGUGCGGGCGACCUCCUUCCAGAUGAAAUCGCCGACUUAUACCACAGCGAUGCCGCCGACGACCACGAAAUGGGGCCUACCAACCGACGUUUCAACCAGUCCACCCUUGACCAUUCUGCACCCAAGCUCUUGGAAAUGUCUUCUCAGCAGGCGUUGCGCAAGACUCCAUCGCUGAGGACGAAAGCCUCCGGAUUCCUGGCAAGAUGGAAACCUCAGCUGAGCGUCGAUACGAGAGAUGUCCGCAGAUUUUCCUUCGAGGCGGAAGAAGAUGGGGAUGCGUACCAGAGCGCACCCCCAGUCGGUGCUUUGCCGGCCGCUGUGCGAGACCGUUUGCUGCGCAAGAGUGCGUCCAUGUCGUCUCUAGAGGCCAGAGUCCAAAACAAUUCGAACUCGGGCCGCCCACUCACGCCCAUUGCACCGAGCCCCACAACGUCCGCACCAAGAUCGGAGUCGCUGAAGACCCCGUCGGACUCUGGCGAUCCUUGGAGGCGGUCGAAGAUUCCCACUCCAGUGCACCAGCGUGGAUCACUUGCCAGAGCCCGAAGAGAUCGAGACGAUUCAUCUUCAAGUCUUUUGACAGUGAUUCGACGUUCCGACGAAGCGCCUCAACGUACCAGCUCCCUCUCGAGUUCGGCCUGGAGCUCGCCGUCUGGCAGCCGCGUUGACAUGACACAGGGUCCUCAUGCUGUUGCAAUAGCCCAGGGCUCCAGCCAGCGGGCCAGGAAUAGUAACAAUCUUCUCGAGCAUACCACUUCAUUGCGUGGGAAGGGGCUAGCUACCGCUGCCGCGAGGACAGCUGCCAUGUCGACGCAGGAUGCCGAUCGCAACGUCUAUACCGGCCUCGAUCAGCAGUUCAGUUCGAGGGUCAGCAACAAUAGCCGUGGUGUCCUGCACGCCGGGCCAGGAACCGACGACGGUAUGAUUCGAAAGGAGAACCGACGCCCAAUGAGGUGA